AAAUUUCCGCUACAAAAUUCCCAAAACUUAUAUUCCUAAUAUAAUGGAGAGACGACCAACACAAAAAUUAAUUCGAGCGACUUCUAUUUCAUCUGUAAAACCCUAACUAUCCAAAUCCCCUUUCUCCCUCUCUCUCCUCUUCUUCUUCGUCUUUCCCUCUCAGAAAUCGAACUUUACUUUUUCAAAUUAUCUCUUAAGAUUUCGAUCCAUCUGAAAAUCGAUCUACAGCAGAUUCACUGAUUGUUUUCGCAGCGCAAUUUCAUUUGCGAAAAUCCCUAAUUUAUUUCUUACAUCUUUGUUUUUUUGCAGUAUUCUUUUUUGGAUCUUUUGGUUGUUUUUUAUACUAUCUGAUAGUUGAGGAUUACUUUUAGGGUUUGUGUUUUGCUUACUUCUUGGUGAGUUAUUAAAUAAUUUAUCGAGGCUGGCGAGCUUGGAGGUGUAGUAAAUGGCGGAUCCGCCUGGUCUCCGCCUACCCUUUCCAUGUUUGGAAGCCAUUAAACGUCAAGAAUUAGGGUUUCAAAGCUUUUGUUUGGGGAUUUGUAACUCAUUUAAGAUAGUAAGAAAAGAAGUUGCAGCAUGCUGAGUGUGUAUAGGGUGCACCUCCCGUCCGACAUUCCCAUUGUAGGUUGCGAGCUUACUCCGUAUGUUCUGCUUCGGAAACUCGAUAAGACUGUGAUUAAUGAUGAUGUUCCUGAGACUGCUCCGAUUGACGGCCAUUUCUUGAGAUAUAAGUGGUAUCGUGUACAGAGUGACAAGAAGGUUGCUGUUUGUAGUGUGCAUCCAGCUGAACCAGCCACUCUACAGUGCCUUGGUUGUAUUAAGGGCAAGAUCCCUCUGGCUAAAAGCUACCACUGCUCUUCCAAGUGUUUUUCAGAUGCUUGGCAGCAUCAUCGUGUUUUGCAUGACCGUGCUGCCAGUGCGGUGAAUGAGAAUGGAGGAGAAGAAGACGAAUUGUUUGGACGCUUCAAUAGCACAGGUUCUGGAGUCCUGAAUACUGUCUUGCCUCCUUCUGCAUCAAGUCCCAACUUGACCAAUGGAUCAACACCUUUAUAUCCUGCCACUGUUACACAGAGGAAUGGUGGUGAAACAUGGUUUGAAGUCGGGCGUUCUAAGACGUACACACCUUCUGCUGAUGAUAUUAGCCACGUUCUGAAAUUCGAAUGUGUUGUCGUAGAUGCUGAGACAAAGCUAAAUGUUGGACAUCCCAUGACUCUGACAACAAAUCGUGUCAUCCCUGCACCUACACCUACUCCGCGUCGCAUGAUUUCGGUUAGUGGGGUAGAUGUGAUGGGUCAUUUGGAUUCAGAUGGUCGUAUUGCAUCUGCUGGAACUUUCACUGUACUUUCAUACAACAUAUUGGCUGAUGCUUAUGCCACAAGUGAUACAUAUAGUUACUGUCCUUCAUGGGCUCUUUCUUGGCCAUAUCGUAGACAAAAUCUUUUGCGAGAAAUUGUUGGAUAUCGUGCUGACGUUGUAUGCCUUCAAGAGGUUCAAUAUGAUCAUUUUGAUGAAUUCUUUGCUCCCGAGCUUGACAAACAUGGUUACCAAGCUCUAUAUAAGAGGAAAACUUCAGAGAUUACACAUACAGUGGAUGGCUGUGCAACAUUUUUCCGUAGAGACAGAUUUGCGCAUGUAAAAAAAUACGAGGUUGAGUUUAAUAAGGCUGCACAGUCUUUAACAGAGGCUGUAGUUCCUGCCACCCAGAAGAAAACAGCUUUAAAUCGACUUGUCAAGGAUAAUGUUGCUCUAAUCGCUGUACUGGAAGCAAAAUUUAGUCAUCAGGGUGUUGAUACCCCUGGAAAGCGACAGCUUCUUUGUGUUGCAAAUACCCAUGUAAAUGUGCAUCAAGAAUUAAAGGACGUCAGACUCUGGCAGGUCCAUACUCUGUUGAAAGGGUUGGAAAAGAUUGCUGCCAGUGCUGAUAUCCCAAUGUUGGUGUGCGGAGACUUUAAUUCAACUCCUGCAAGUGCUCCUCAUUCUCUACUUGCGAUGGGUAAAGUUGAGCCGCAACAUCCUGAUUUAGCAGUGGACCCUUUAGGAAUAUUGCGCCCUCAUUCAAAGCUUGCACACCAGCUUCCAUUGGUCAGUGCAUACUCAUCCUUUGCAAGAGGGAUUGGACCAGCUUUAGAGCAGCAAAGGCGGAGAAUGGAUCCUUCUACAAAUGAACCCUUGUUCACAAACUGCACCAGAGAUUUUAUAGGAACCCACGAUUACAUAUAUUACACAGCGGACUCUUUGACAGUGGAGUCUUUGCUUGAACUAUUGGAUGAAGAAAGCUUAAGGAAGGACACCGCCCUUCCUUCUCCAGAGUGGUCGUCUGAUCAUAUAGCACUCCUAGCCGAAUUUCGCUGCAAACCAAGAAUUCGCCGUUAGCACUUUGGGAUAUAGGUUCUUCUGUUGAAGUCUGCUUCUAUCAUCAACAGGCUGCCUGGAAGAUAUGUUGACGAAAAAUUUGAUGAGGAGUUGAUGGAUAUAUCUUUUUGAAAGUCCUUAUUCGGAUUGUAAGAACGGUGGAUCCGGCCCAGAUGUAUCAUCACCUCAUGGGGGUUCACAGCUAUGAUCCCCCCUGUAUCAUGCCACCUUGUUGUCCCAUAGAUAUGAUCCUAUUCAAAUUUUCCUUCUUUUAAUAGAAAUUGUCACAGCUUGCUCAUCGGCAGGUUAAAUGUGAGUAGUGAUUGUGUUUUUACUGUCAAGUUUCUACAAAAGCAACACAGUAGUUUUGCAAUUCAGACGGGGGUCACAUCUGUAGGUUAUUCUGUAUUUUUCUUAGAAUGGGUAAUAGUCUUCCCCCAUUUUUUUCUAGUACAAAGCAAGAUAACAGAGAUACAGUUGUUGACUGUUGUACUUGUGUCAAUAUAGUAUGAUAGUCAUCCCAGUUCCUUUUCAA